UUCUUUCUUCUGGGUCUGCAAUAUCCCAUUUGUUUGCUAAUGAGUUGUACCAAGAUGCUUCCUUGGUUUCGUUGUGAUGUGAGAACUCACUGGGAGUAUCAGUGAUGGAGGCCGGACCUCCUUUAGCUGUGCCCCUUCCUCUAGUGUGUGCAGACACACACACACACAAAGAGAGAGAGAGAGAGAGAGAGAGAGAGAGAGGGAGGAGAUUGCUUGUUGCAACAAUCUUUUCUGUACUGACAGCAAGGGAGGGCUGCAAGGAAGUCAUCUGCGAGCCAUCAAUGACGAUCCCACAUGGAGACAAAACAAGAGAUGGUUGGAGUUGGUUGUGUGUGAUCUGCGUUCAUCCAUUAAAAGCUUUGCGUGUCUAAGAUUCAGAUAGAGAGGGAGAGAGCGAUAGAGAGAGAAACCAAAGAGAAAACAGAAGAAAAAAUCAGAGAGAGAGAGAGAGAGAGAGAGAGAGAGAGAGAGAGAGGAAUUGGUGGUACUGUUUAGGAGUGGAUCUCUCGACGCUCCCCUCCUCCUCCUCCUCCUCCCCCUCUCUGGGUCUCAGUCAUGAUCCAAGAGCAUCUUUUAGUUCUCUGAGUCUUUUUAAGUCGCCACACUCACUUAGGGCUCCUACCUUUCAUGCACACGCUUUUAAUGCAUGAACUAAGCAUCGCCCUCCCCGACUUCAUUUCCUCUCUCUCUCUCUCUCUCUUCUUCUCCUUCCUUCACUGCAUGCCUCCAUCUCGUUCAUCAUAUUCUUAUCCUAAUAUUCCCCCACCGAACUUUCAGAAUGUUUUAGAUUCCUACCCUUCUCAUUUAGCCCCUUCAUCAUUCCUAAGCUGACAACAAAUCAGCUCCCAGCUCAAGGCACCAAAGUCCAUGUAAUAUAAGACAAGAAAAGCAUAAACUUUUCCCCACCCCUGCCACACUGUCACCCCCCCCUUACAAACAGAGAGAGAGAGAGAGAGAGAGAGAGAGAGAGAUCUGAGAUGGGGCUUGGUGAACAGUGAGACUACACAGAGGAGCUGCCACUCCCUACUUCAAUCUAAGUAGCUACCACUACUACUACUACUAAAACUACUGCAACUAUCAAUCCCCACACUUGCUGUGUUCUUUGCAGAUCAUGUCCUGUCAAGGAAGCUGCUGCGUUCCCAGAUGUCCUAUUAAAGCAAAGGGAUGCCAAACCCUCCAAUCUCUCUCCCUCCUCAGCUGCUACUGCUCUCUUCUCCUCCUCACUCCAACAGGUACUCCUCCACUUCCCUUCGCUCCUCCCCCCCGCCGCUUGUUGAGGCUUUAGAUAUGCUUAGCUCACUCAAGUCCCAUGAAGAAGGAGAUCAAGAACACCACCGCCAUUCCAAUCCCCUCCACCCUAACCCCCAGCAUGGCCUGAUCUCCCCUUCCGCCCCUGUGCGCCAGCUCCUCGUCAGCUGCGCCGAGCUUGUCCACCGCGGCGACCUCCCGGCGGCGCGGCACACCGGUUCGCUCCUCUUGGCCACCGCCUCCCCCUAUGGCGACUCCACCGACCGCCUGGUCCACCAAUUCGCCCGUGCCCUCUCCCUCCGCGUCGACCCCCUCUUCCCCUCCGUCGACGCUGCCUCUCCGGAGGCCCUCCAGUCCUCCUACCUAUCGUUCAACCAGAUCACCCCAUUCCUUCGCUUCGCGCACCUCACCGCCAACCAGGCCAUCCUCGAGGCCGUCGACGGCCACCGCCAAGUCCACAUCCUCGACUUCGACACUUCCCACGGACUGCAAUGGCCGCCGCUGCUCCAAGCCAUAUCGGAGCGCUCCGACCCCAACAAUCCACCUUCCAUUCGCAUCACCGGCACCGGAAGGAACCUCGAUGUCCUCCGCCGCACCGGCGACCGACUCCAAACUUUCGCCGAUUCUCUCGGCCUAGGAUUUGAAUUCCACCCCCUCCUCUUCCCCUCCACCACCAGCGACCCUAGCUCUAGCACCACCACCGACUUCACCUCUUCUUCUCUCCGACUCCAUCCGGGCGAGAUCCUCACCGUGAACUGCGUACUAUUCUUGCACAACCUACUACAAGACGGCAGUGGCAGUGACGACUCCCGCGACCUAAGGGCGUUUCUUCAAGCUGUUCGAGCGAUGAACCCUGCAGUGGUGACGGUCGCCGAGAGGGAGGCGAACCACAACGCGCCCAUCUUCUUUCAGAGAUUCAUGGAGGCGUUGGACUACUACACGGCGGUGUUCGAGUCACUGGAGGCGACGCUGCCACCGACGAGCCGUGAGCGGGCGGCGGUGGAGCAGGUCUGGCUGGGACGCGAGAUCGAGGACGUCGUCGCCCGGGAGGGUGAGAGGAGGAGGGAGCGGCACGAGCGGUUCGACCGGUGGGAGACUCUGAUGCGAGGCGCAGGAUUCACGAACCUGCCGCUCAGCCCCUUCGCGCUGUCGCAGGCGCGGCUUCUGCUCCGCCUCCACUAUCCAUCGGAAGGGUAUCAGCUCCACACGGUGAGGGAUUCCUUUUUCUUGGGGUGGCAGAACAAGCCCCUCUUCUCAGUCUCGUCUUGGCAUUAGUGCAACAGCCCUAGGGAGGAAGCUGAAAGCAAAUAGGUCGAAUCCUUCUCCCUCCUUCCGGUGGUGCGUUGAUGAUUCGAGUAGGGCUUUUUGGUCUCAGUUAGAGAAGAGGGAGGGAAGCGAAGGUAAUAGAUCUUAGCACAUAUGUCAUCAUCAUAUCUGAUCUUGGGUAGGAACCCUAACCCUAGUUUCAGCUCAUGUUUCUUGGAAGGAGGAGACGGUGGAGGUGUUGCACGUUGCAUGGGAUUUUGGUAGUUGUGACCCCAAAAGGGAACUGUUGAUGCUCGCCAUUCCUCAAAUCUCUUUCCUUGUGAGCUUCCUCCUUCCCAUCCCAAACCCCCUUCUUCGAGAGUUUUCUAUGCUUAUAAAC